GUCAAUGAGGUGUGUGUGACUUUGUAACAUGGGGGUUCAUAAGGCAGCAAUAAAUAUACAUUAGUAUACAUGAAGUAGCUCACUAACUGGCUAUAUGUUAGCAAAACGUGUUCUACCUGUUAAUCCAGAACAAAAUGCAGUUUUCCAGGUUUGUUCAAUAUAUCUAGCUAAGUAGCAACCUUAGGUAGACACACAAUUAGCAACGCUGUUUAGACUAGCUCACUAGUUGUUGGUCUUGUGGCUUGUCAUGUUUGUAGUUAGCCACGACAAUGAUUUGAUAUAACGGAUUUUUAUGGUUACCAAUAGAUACAGAUCUCGCUACGGAUGUAGCUUGUCUGUAGGUAUAAAGCUGCUUUCUAGCAUUAAAGACCUGACUGGUCUAGCCACUGUUCUGAUACUGUGCAUUCGGUUGCAUGUUGCUAGCUAGGUUGUUGGAUAGGCAGCUACAGAGUUUAUCCAGCUUCAGUAAUCUUUUUCCUCGAUGAUGAACGACGGAAUUUGAGAUACGCUUACCUAUCCAUCCAUUUAUUAAUGUAAUUCGCUUUUAAAAGUUAACUAGCAUUGGGGUUCAAGUUAUUUAAUUUCAUUUUGAUUAACGAGUUAACAGAACUUUUGUAAAAUCUGACAUAACUGCUUCCUAUGUAGAUACCUAGCUGACAGUAGCUAGCAAGUGAGCAAGUUUUUAUAUUAACUAGAAAAAAACUAAGGUGUGUUUGUGGUCUGAUCACACCUGGGGAUCAUGAGAACAAUUGAACCGAGAUCCAAUCUGGAGCCAAAAAAGGUUACGAACUGUCACACACACCCCUGUUAAAACUGACAUCAGAGCUAAAAAACGCGGUAGUUAGCUAGCUAGCUAACUAUCAGCCAAGCCUAGCUAGCGUACACUAGUCAAGUAGACGGCAAAGGAGUGUAUGCUGUUCAAGAUCGCAGUGUAGUUGAUUUUUUUGAGUGACAAAAUGUUGCUGUCCUUGGUUGUACACACGUACUCGUUGCGGUACUGGCUUCCAGCCGCUGUCAUGAUGGGCACAGCACCGGCAUACGUACUGUCAUGGAGUGCGUGGCGACUUCUAUCUGCAAUCCUACCGGGCAGGCCGUUCCACGUGAUGGAUGACCUUUUCUACGCCAUUUAUCAGAGCAUGGUCCUAUUCUUCUUUGAGAAUUAUACCGGCGUCGAGGUGAUAAUCUACGGCGAUAUACCAAAGAAUAAAGAGAAUGUGGUGUACCUUUCUAAUCAUCAGUGCACAGUGGACUGGAUCAUUGCUGACAUGCUAGCCAUCAGGCAGAAUGCACUUGGCCAUGUACGAUAUGUCUUAAAAGAUGGGUUGAAGUGGCUCCCUUUGUAUGGAUGGUACUUCUCACAGCAUGGAGGCGUUUAUGUGAAACGGAGUGCCAACUUUGAUGAAAAAGCAAUGAAAAGCAAACUCCUUUCACAGACAAAAUGUGGAACACCGAUGUAUCUUGUGAUUUUCCCAGAAGGAACUCGAUACAAUCCAGAGCUUCCCAAAGUGAUCAGUGACAGCCAGGCUUUCGCCUUGAAAGAAGGGCUUGCUGUUCUGAAGCACAACCUGACUCCAAGAAUGAAAGCCUCUCAUAUAGCUAUAGACACAAUGAAGAACCACCUGGAUUCUGUUUAUGACAUCACAGUGGCAUAUGAGGGUACCCUGGAUGCCCAAGGUGAAAGACGUUCUGCUCCCUCAAUGCCAGAGUUCCUGUGUAAGGAGUGCCCAAGAGUCCACAUCCACUUUGAACGUGUAGAUGUGAAAGACAUUCCCACAGAAGCUGUUUUCUUCCGCAGGUGGCUGCACGAGAGAUUUGAAAUCAAGGACAAGCUGUUGACCAGUUUUUAUGAGUCAGAAGUGCCUGAGAAAAGAUGCAGAUUUCCUGGAGAAGGUAGAAGAUCACCCCUGAGCAUCAAGAAGACAUUACCAUCACUAUUGUUUUUGGGUGGCCUCACUUUGCCAAUGCUGUUGACAGAUUCUGGAAGGAAACUGUACAUAAAAACUUGGAUUUAUGGGACCUUGGUGGGAUGGUUGUGGGUUAAUGUUAGUCCAUAAGGAACAAGUAUGCUCCUGUCUUGCCACUGUUUGUAAGUUUUGAAAUGGUCAUUCUCUCUUCUACUCUUUGGCUGCAGACUGUAAUUUGGGGAAAUAUUUGGCCUGUCAAGAGCUUUUAUAGAUAGAUGAUUUAUCUCAAUAAUUUGUAGGAUAAAUAAGCCUUUAACUCACUUUCCAUUUCAAUUUAUGUAAAGCUCAGCCAGUUUGGUAAAGAUGUGGUACAUACCAAACUCAGCCAGAUCUGAUUUUGAAAAUCAGUAUGAAUUUGUAUUCAACCAUUCUUCUCAAGUUUAACCAUUGCUCCACCAAAAAGGAUAGUUAAACUUGCUUGCACUGAUGAAAAAAAAUCUAUUGGAAUAACCAGUCAUGUCUAGGAUAAAGAACAUAUUUUGCCCAAAUACAAAAAUGUGCUACUUGUAUUACUCUUGCAUUUUCAGCAUCCAUUUUACGCUAAAUAUUAUGUAGUAGCCACUUGGUUAUGUAGAAAAAACUGCUGUAGAAACAGCUGACUGUCAAUAGGGUUUUUGGGUACUUGGGUUUUAUAUGUUGUACGUACAAAAAUCUACAAAGUAUUAUUCUUGAUUGCAUUUAUUUGGUAUACAUCCAUAUGUCUUUGUGCUUCACAAGUCUGUGUGCUUACAAAAAUGUGUUGUUGUUUUUUUGCCAAACGUAUCAAAACAGGAAAAGGAAAAUAAAAUGUAACGUCAGUUAGCCUUUGUUUCUCUCGAAGAGUAUUUUGCUCUAUAAGCACGCUAUCUAGAUACUACUUUGAAUAUCAAUUCCAAACUGAAUAAGUCUUAACUAUAUGCACAGAUAGUAAAAAAAACAUCAGUUAUGUGUCAGGAAAAAUACUGUUACCAUUCACAUCAGUGUUCUCAGUCAAAGAAGUAGAUAUUUAGGAACAUUUGUUGUAAUUCGCAUAUAUUACCCCUUUUUGCAAAUUACACUUAAAGGGUGGAAAUGGCUGUGUGCUAACAAACCCAGUUUAAGUAUACUGAUACCUCAAUUUAACAUUUUAAUUUGCACCAAUAUAUACUUUCAUCAUUAAAUUUUUUUAAUUUUUGCCUAUUUUUUCAUUCAUAACACAAGGACAUUUCAGCUCUCAACUUUAAAUAAAUCGUUUCAUGUCUCGUUAUCUUUAUGUCCACAUAUAAAGAACCUAAAUGCAAUGCAGAUCAUGUUUUGUUUGGAAAUAUUAGCUGUUCAAUUUGAAUUGAGUGCUAAGUCCUGUUUGUGAUAGUCUGGUUGGUCAAAUUUGAGUAUCUAUUUUUCUUUACUAACCAUCAAAUUGGCUAUCAAAAACAGAAUCAGCAGAAGUUGUUAAAUGUAUUUUUCAAGUGCCAUUUGGACCCAGAUGUAUGUGCCUUCUACCUGAGUAGGGUUUGAUCCUUAGACCACAUACUGAGGACAGCCACAAUGCAUAGUCAUUAAAGUUAUUACAUGUUUGAAGAUAUCCUGAAGUGGGUGGCAGUAGAAUUGUUCUAAAAGGUCAGCACAUACAAACACUUAUAGCAAAACAGAAAUUGGUGCAUUAACAUUCCUGCAUUAGUUUCAAACAUUUUCAUGAAGAGUCCAAAUUACUGCAAAUUUGGCCAGCCACCUUUUGCUCAGACCUAUGGGAAUUCCAUUCAUUCAAACAAUAACUUAAAGAUUUCAAUUAAAUGCAUUUUAAAGUGAUCAGUUAUUUGUCUAAUUGUACGCAUACAUUAUCCUUUUGAUAUGUCACCAUAAUAUUUGUAAGUUCCCAGAUUUAUACCUCUGCAUACACUUUGGUUCAAGAUGGUGUUCUAAAAGGUUUACAGACAAUAGAAUGAACAUGUAACUUUAUUGUACUUCAUCCUCGUAAGAUGUUCUUGUGUUUUUUACAGAGGCAUGUUAAAUAAACAUUUAUUUGCAUUCUGAAAUUACAUGAAUUUAACCCUGACACUUUCAGUUGAAAAUGAGAUGUGAAUCUCACUGUCACUGUUAUUAA